AUGCGUGGUCUAAAUGGGAUUUUUGGUGCUGUACAACUGGGGGCAGGUAAGAUUCAAGUACCGAUUUGGUCGGUGAGGGGAGACAUUGCCAUGAGGCUGCUACUAUUCAGUUGGAUGCAAAAUAAGCUUAAUGGCAAACAAGGGAACAACAGAAAACCAAAUACAGUGCUUUCAGCUACUCAGCAUAUGAAACAAGAGUCUCGUGAGGAAUUUAGCGAUUGGCCUCAUGGGCUGCUAGCAAUUGGAACAUUUGGCAACAAAGAACUUGAGGAAAAUACUGAAAUCCAAUGUGUUCCGGAGGACCAACUUGUUGAGGAGGAGGACCCUUCUUCAUCCGACGAUUUACAAGAUUUCACUCCUGAAGAAAUUGGAAAAUUGCAAAAAGAGUUGACUAAGCUUUUAACAAGAAAGCCAACUUCUCAAGAUAAGGAAAAGGAAAUUGCAAAUCUUCCAUUGGAUAGAUUUCUUAACUGUCCAUCAAGUUUGGAGGUUGAUAGAAGAAUCAGUAAUACAUUAAUUAGUGAUGUGGACGACAAAGAGGAUGACAUUGAGAGGACAAUUAGUGUUAUACUUGGCAGAUGCAAAGACAUUUGUGAAAACAAUAAGAAGAAAGCUAUUGGGAAGAAAUCAAUCUCUUUCCUUUUCAAGAAGAUUUUUAUUUGUAGAAGUGGGUUUGCUCCACAACCAAGUUUGAGAGAUACACUUCAAGAAUCAAGAAUGGAGAAGCUUCUGAGAACAUUGCUUCACAAGAAGAUUAACCCACAAAGUACUUCCCGAGCAUCAUCAAUGAAGAAAUAUAUCGAGGACAAAAAGAUCCCAAAGAAGGACAAAGAAGAUGAUGGAAAGCGAAAUAAGACCAGUGAUGGAUCUAAAUGGGACAAGACAGAUUCAGAAUGGCAAUACAUGUUAACAGGAUUAUUGUCCAAGGAUUUCUGUAGCCUUCUUGUUUUGUCUUUCUUUGCUUCGAAGUUAGCACUUAUUGAUAUGCUUUGUUUCAGUGCCAUAGAAAGAGCUAAUGGCACUAGGAAGAAUUUAUGUACUCCAGAUUCACUGAAAAUGAUCCUGAAGGAAGUAAUAUCCUGA